AUGCAGUGCCUCAGGAGCCACUGGCCGAGCACCCUCCUUUGCUUCCUGGGGCUGCUGGCUGCGUCCCGGGAGAGGGCCCUGCUGGGGGCCCCCGGCCCCGACUGGCAGCUCUGCAAGCAUUUCUCCAGCCAGGUCAACAAGCUGGCCUGGGACCUCGAGGGCCACAUGAGCUCGAUGAACCUGGUGGAGGAGAAGACCAGCGAGGACCUGACCCCCCAGAUCCGCUGCAGCGACAACUGCGACCCCAACAAGCUGGGCUCUGACCAGAGCUGCCUGCGCCGGAUCCGCGAGGCCCUGCAGCAUUACCGGGCGCUGCUGGGCUCCGACGUCUUCGCCGAGGUGGGGGGCCCGGACCCCAGCCCCGUGGCCACACUACAGGGCGCCCUGGCCCAGCUGACCAGCCUUGUCCAGCAGGACGGCAGCUUCGCCGAGGGGUCGGCGGCCCCGCCACAGCAGAGCCAGCCCUGGGAACGGCCCCUGCUCCGGCGCCGCAUCCUCCACCAGCUCCGCUCCUUCUCGGCCGUGAUGGCGCGGGUCUUUGCCCACAGCGCGGCCACCCGCUAGGCCGGGGGGAGCAUUUCUCCAGGAGCGCCGGAGCCGAGUCCAGCCCCGCAGCGGGCGCCCGGCGAAGGGAACCCAGCGCCGGCCUGAGCUCCGCCCGCUUCUGGACUCUGUGUUUAUCGUAUAAACGCCCCUCCCACCCCGUGUAUUUAUUGCCCGGCCCUUGGGUUAUUUAUGAGCAGCCGCUGUCUAUUUAUGCCCCCGCUGGGGGGCUAUUUAUGCUAUUUAUCGGCUCCGCAGC